AUGCGCGGCACGGGCGGCGACUGGCUGGAGUUGCGUCGCAAGUUGUCGGGUUCAGAUCUCGGCGGGGGGUCGAGCAGCAGCGGCCCGUCAGAAUUCUUGUCUGGUUGGUCACUGUUCGGGCCCCCGACCGACGAUGGCAUGGGCGGCCCGCCCGAGCACGCCGUCGACGCCGCCGCCAUUGCGGACGCCAUAGUCGAGGUCCCGCUCGUGGAUGCCAUCGUCGAAGCCCCACCCGCUCAAGGCAGGCGCGGCCGUCCCCGUCGGAGAACCGCGAACACUGUGCUCGCAGAUGUGAUGACACACCACGGCGGCAUGUUGGCGCCGUCAGAGUCUGGGGCGCAGCAGCUCGAGGGCCAGGUCGACCCCGUCGACGGCGGACCCGAGGACAGCAUCGGCGACGCAGUUCUAGUCAAUGCUAACCCGUUCGUGGCUUCAGACACAGAGCCCUUCAGACGCCUGGCGUUAGAGGUUGGCGACGCCAUCGCCAACGACAUAAGUUUAGACGGCAUGUUGGGCCAGGCGCGCAUGGAG